UGUGCCAAUUAUGAAUUUGACUGAGGAGGUGGCCUCGUGGGCGGAUGCUAUAUAUUUGCAUACAUUUGAUUGCCAAUUUUCCAUGGCAUUCUGUUGGCAACAAACUAGCAGGGCUUAUGGCGGCAUUAAAGUGCUUUAUGGCAUUGCAUUUCUGCUGGUUUAUAAAUAGGAGGCUUUGUUGCUGAUUGCACAAUAUUCGUUUUGGGAUCCGUGGAUCCAGGCAUUUCUCUUGAUUUAACCCAAUGCAUUUCGACUGCAAAAUCCCCAUCGAGCAUUCCUAAUUCAAGAGCCAGCAUCGGCAUGCAUCCUGUUCAUCGUAUUUCGAUUUAUUCCCUGCCAGUGGAGAAGUGGUGCACUCUGCAGCUGCUGAAACUAGUUGGAGUGCCCAUCGAGGCAUCUUAAGUCUGGCCGAGAAGGCAUUCAAAAUGGGGUAAAGAUGGAUAUUCCCCCGCCUGUCCAUUAGUGGCCGACUGCUAAUGGACGUUAAUAGGGCGUUAAAUGGCCUAAUUGCCGAUUAUGGCCCUCAGGCCAAUAGGUAGCACAAUAUUUUGCCAGCCCAAGUGCUCAGCCUGCUUAAAACGCGAUUUGCACUGAGAGAAAAACAAGUCAUAAUAGCAGGAAGGAAGCCUUGCGUUAAAUUUGAUAGUCGUUGUCAAGGAAUAGAGUUGGGCUAAUAAUUUCAAAAACGAGUCAACUAGACAGCUUAAAAAAUUUUAAAUAUUAUUUUUAAAUUUUAAAUUGAGCGAAAUGUCUGAAGUUUUGAAUCAAUUGAAACGCCAGAGGGAAGAGGAUUCAACCAACGUUUUUGAGCCAUCCAGCAAACGAUUCAAGUACAAGCAUCUGAAUGACGAGAUUAGGAGCAGCUGCAGCAUUUCGUAUCUGGAGGAGAGCGAUACUCGGGGAUCUGUAGAAUCAGGAUACUCGUCGGAACUUGGAGCCAGUGAAAAUGCCUACUACCCGCAGAACCAGAUGCUUUUCAACUUGCAUCUCGAGCGGGAAAUGCGCAAAAAAUUAAAAAUAAUUUCUAGGGAUAACUUAAAUGUGCAAAUAUGAUUUGAAUUGAAAUUUGUAACAAUGAACCUUUUCAAAUGGUUGACUGAUA